UCAGAGGUAAAGAGGGCUGGCCACAGGGAGACGGGAAGAACAAAUGUGUGGUAAACGUUGGCCGUUCCGUCCAGAGACCCAGGGACGCGGAGGGGACUUUGGACCAGCAGGUCUUGUCAGUUUCUCUCCCAGUUGAGGACACUCGGCUCCCAGUCUGUCGCCCUUCCUAGUAAUGGCUCUCUCCCGGCCGCUACAGGCCCUCCGUCUAAACUCUUCUAGGCCGUUGAGGGAGAAGCGAAGAAAAACUUCUGUUUCUUGUCUCUGCACCCAAACUGCUCCUCUCAGGCAGGCGGCCGUGGGUGAGGCGUGGAGGAAGGAGCGGGUGGCAUUGCUCUGCCAGCCCCCGUUUACUGCCAGCACCCAGCGCCGGGGAGGGAGUGGUGGCAGCUGGACCCUGGACCUUUAUUGACGUGGUGCCCUCGAGUGCAGAUGUGGCAAGGCUCGGCUGUGCUCUCUCCUCGUUUUGUGACCUUGAACGUGUCCCUUCUUGCUGAGCUUACUUCCCCACGUGUUCAAGGAGCCCCAGAGUCCUCCUUCCUGAACUUCCACGACUCGGACUGCGAGCCCCGGGGAUCGCUGCCCUGCGACUCUCUGCUCUCCCUCAACACGGAGAAGAUCCUGAGCCAGGCCAAGUCUAUCGCAGAACAGAAGAGAUUUCCGUUUGCUACUGACAACGACAGCACAAACGAGGAGUUAGCUAUUGCUUAUGUGUUGAUUGGCAGUGGUCUCUAUGAUGAAGCAAUAAGGCAUUUCUCAACAAUGCUUCAGGAGGAGCCUGAUCUGGUUAGUGCCAUUUAUGGCCGAGGGAUAGCCUAUGGAAAGAAGGGCCUACAUGACAUUAAGAACGCUGAGCUCGCUCUGUUCGAACUGAGCCGAGUCAUUGCCCUGGAACCAGACCGCCCAGAGGUAUUUGAGCAGCGAGCAGAAAUUCUGUCCCCUCUGGGACGAAUUAGUGAAGCGGUGAACGAUCUGACGAAGGCCAUUCAGCUGCAGCCCUCCGCCCGCCUGUACCGACACCGGGGGACCCUGUACUUCAUAUCAGAGGACUACGCCACGGCCCACGAGGACUUCCAGCAGUCCCUGGCGCUGAACAGGAACCAGCCCAUCGCCAUGCUGUACAAAGGACUGACUUUCUUCCACCGAGGACUCCUGAAGGAAGCUAUUGAAUCCUUCAAAGAAGCUCUGAAGCAGAAGGUUGAUUUUAUCGAUGCGUAUAAAAGCCUGGGGCAGGCCUACAGAGAACUGGGCAAUUUCGAAGCAGCCACCGAGAGCUUCCAGAAGGCCCUGCUGCUCAACCAGAACCACGUGCAGACCCUGCAGCUCCGGGGCCUGAUGCUCUACCACCACGGCAGCCUGCAGGAGGCCCUGAAGAACUUCAAGCGGUGUCUGCAGCUGGAGCCGUACAACGAGGUGUGCCAGUACAUGCGGGGCCUCAGCCACGUGGCCAUGGGGCAGUUCUACGAGGGGAUAAAGGCACAGACCAAAGUCAUGCUCAACGACCCCCUCCCCGGCCAGAAGGCCAGCCCGGAGUACCUGAAAGUGAAGUACCUCCGCGAAUAUUCUCGGUACCUCCACGCGCACCUGGACACGCCCCUCACGGAGUACAACGUGGACGCGGACCUGCCCGGGAGCUUCAAGGACCACUGGGCUAAGAACCUGCCCUUCCUCAUAGAAGACUACGAGGAGCAGCCGGGCUUGCAGCCCCACAUCAAAGACGUGUUACAUCAGAACUUUGAGAGCUACAAGCCGGAGGUACAAGAGCUGAUCUGCGUAGCGGAUCGUCUGGGGUCACUGAUGCAGUACGAAACGCCUGGUUUCCUGCCCAACAAGAGAAUACACAGAGCCAUGGGCCUGGCCGCCCUGGAGGUCAUGCAGGCCGUGCAGCGGACCUGGACCAGCUCGAAGGUGCGCAUGAACGGGAAGACGCGGCUGAUGCAGUGGAGGGACAUGUUCGACAUCGCGGUGAAGUGGAGACGGAUUGCGGACCCAGACCAGCCGGUGCUGUGGUUAGAUCAGAUGCCGGCCCGCAGCCUGAGCAGAGGUUUCAACAACCACAUCAAUUUAAUCAGGGGGCAGGUGAUAAACAUGAGAUACCUGGAGUAUUUCGAGAAAAUUCUUCAUUUUAUUAAAGACAGAAUUCUAAUUUAUCACGGUGCCAAUAACCCCAAAGGCUUGUUGGAGGUGAGGGAAGCCCUGGAGAAGGUGCACAAAGUGGAAGACCUGCUUCCGAUCAUGAAGCAGUUCAAUACUAAGACGAAGGAUGGGUUCACCGUGAACACCAAGGUCCCCAGCCUCAAGGACCAAGGGAAGGAGUACGAUGGCUUCACCAUCACCAUCACCGGCGACAAGGUUGGCAACAUACUAUUUUCUGUGGAAACUCAGACCACAGAAGAAAGAACACAAUUAUAUCACGCGGAAAUCGACGCCCUCUAUAAAGACCUGACGGCCAAGGGGAAAGUACUCAUUCUCUCGUCGGAGUUCGGGGAGGCUGACGCUGUUUGCAACUUAAUCUUAUCCUUAGUUUAUUACUUUUAUAAUUUAAUGCCACUCUCUCGAGGAUCCAGUGUGAUCGCGUACUCGGUGAUCGUGGGGGUGCUGAUGGCCAGCGGCAAGGAAGUGGCUGGGAAGAUCCCCAAGGGCAAGCUGGUGGACUUUGAAGCCAUGACAGCCCCUGGUUCCGAGGCCUUCAGCAAAGUAGCCAAAAGCUGGAUGAACUUGAAAAGCAUUUCGCCUGCUUACAAGGCCCUGCCCUCCGUGUCGGAGACGUUCCCCACGCUGCGGUCCAUGAUCGAGGUGCUGAACGCCGACUCCUCGCCGCGCUGCCUGCAGCAGCUCUAGCCGCGCUGGGGGGUUGACACAGUAAAGGGCGGACUCGUGCUUCUUAAGUUAUUUUUUAAAACGUGGAAUUACAAAGAAAUUAGGUCCUUUAUUACUUUUGAUACCAAUUUUUGAUAGGAAUUGAAUACUUGAAAUCGUUCUCUUUACUUUCGGAACCAGAACAGAAAUCAUGAGAGGUUUGGGGGAGGGAAGGCGAGUGUACUAGCCGGUGGCUUGUGGCUUCCGCUUAAAAGUCCUACAGCUCCUCCCUUACAGCAAAAAAGUUUACUUCACAACCAAAAACUAAUAAUGAAAAGGAACAGAACCAGCGGCAGCAGGAGUGUUUGCCUCCCUGUCCAGGUCUGCGUUUUUCCCAAGGUUUUUUUUUUAUGCACAUCGUGCCGGGCGUCUGGCUCCGACUCCUGUGACCUCACGUGCCGGCUCUCCACUGGGGCUUCCUUGGGGGUGCCGGCCGUCAGCGCCUGCGCGGAGCCUGCAGCCGGGAGCUCGGCUUUGAAUGGUGCGGACGGUUUUUGCCAGCGACCGAAACACUGAAUUAUCGAACCAUGUUUUUUUUUUUUUCCUCUUUGUUGGGAAAAAUAAACAGGGGUGAUUUCUCUGAAUCACUGGUGUUAGACACUGGAUCAUGUAUGCUUUUAUUUUGUGAACGAGUUUCACUUCAGGCAUAAGAGCAUUCAGAAAAGUACUGGUGAUUUUUUGCAGACAGGGUACAUGACCGUGAGUGAAAUGGGCUCAUUAAACUUGCCAUUUCCAA